AUGGCUGGGCUUGGGAGGUUUCCUGGGGUAGAUCUGCCUCCAAGAAGAAGAAAACACACCCACCGUCAAGAAAGUUAUGCCAAGUAUAGAGAAGCACCACCGCUGAGGGAAUGGCUGGAGCCAUCCGUGAACCAAGUGACCUCCAUGGAUUUGGAUGAAGCAACUCACAAAGCUCGCAGGAGGCUAGAGAAGAGGCUUGGCUAUUGCAGACCCUCCUCAAGGUUCUGCCUCUUCUCUUUGUUUUUCUCCUUACUCAGCUAG